CUGUUUUCCCGCGAAGUUCCACGCGUAUUAUUUGUGGGCUGUGCUACUUGGCUGGUUUUUAAACUUUUCGUUUAUCCUUUGUUUUUUUUACUGAAAACACAAUGCCCAAAAGAACAUAUCCUUUCAGUGAAACUUUUUCCCUGCAGUACAAAAUGCACAUUGGACAGAAACAAAUGAACCAAGGAGUGUUUGGGAAUAAAUACCGACAGGAGGUUUAUGAGAAAACGAAGAACUUGCUGUUUAAUGGAACAAAAGCAAUUAUGGGGAAAAUAUGGAAGGCAGAUGACAGCAGAAGCCGUACUGGAGAUCAGUCGCCCAGCCCAGCUGCAGCGCUUUUGCGUGGGCAGACCUUGAUAGGACAGGACGGGACGCUGAAAAGAAACUCUGCUGUCCCCAACGCUGUUGCCUCUGGGGUUCCUGCCUGCUCUGUGUGUCUGAAGCCUGCCAGUGUUAAGGAGUCCUGUGCGCAGUGCGAGCGCGCCACCUGCAGGGGAUGCAGUAGAACAUGCAGCAGCUGUACCAGUGUGUGCUGCUCUGUGUGCACAGUCACAGAUUACAGUGACCGUUAUGACAGAGUGCUAUGCUGUGACUGCAUUGCCUAAUGAAGGGAGAUAAAAUCUGCUGGACUGGCAAAUCUCUUUCCAUGUAAAAUUUCUGGACUGCUUUUUUUUACAAUUUUAUUGUGUAUUUAUUUACAUUGUGUAUAUAUUAUGUGAUUUGAUUAAAAACAUUUAAAUUAUC